AAUGCAGCAAGUGUUUAAAAAGAUUGGUACUCACAAUGGAGCAUUCCAUGUUGAUGAAGUCUUAGCAUGUGCUAUGUUGACUAAAUAUACCAAUGAAUUUAAGAAUGGAAUUAUAACUAGAUCAAGAGAUCCAAAUGUUUGGGCAUAAUAAGAUAUUUUGGUAGAUGUAGGAGGAGUCUAUGACCCAUAAACUCAUCGUUAUGAUCAUCAUUAAAAGGAAUUUUAGGACUCAUUCUCUAAGGAUUUUAAAAUUCGUUUAAGUAGUGCAGGUUUGAUUUACAAACAUUUCGGAUUAGAAAUAAUAUAGAAUUUAAUCUCUCAUAUAAAUGACACUGUGGAAACGACUAUUGAGAUUGUAAAUUAUUAAUCUAUAAAAUUUCUUAGCAAAAAGUUGAUGAAAAGACUCUGAACUUAAUUUAUAUAAAGUUAUAUAAGAAUUUCAUAUAAAGUAUUGAUGCUAUUGAUAAUGGAAUCAAUCAAUUUCCAAAUUAAGAUCAAAUAAAGUAUUAAAUCAAUACUCAUUUGUCAGCUGUCAUCAAUAGGUUUAAUCCUACUUGGUGUGAAAAAAAUUAAGAUGAAAAUGCUAAAUUUCAUUAAGCUCUUGAGUUUGUUAAUACAGAACUUAUUUCUUAAAUGAAAUCAAUUUAUUUGUAAUAAUUAAUAUGAUCUCUCGUAGAGGAUGGUAUCCUGGUAGAUAUUAUGUUGUUUAAGCCUAUGAUUCAAGAUUAGAAUAGGAUUAAUCUGGUUAGAUAUUAAAAUUAUAAAUGGCUUUACCAUGGAAAAGUCAUAUCUUUGAUAUAGAACAGGAAAGAGGAACUGUAGGAUUAAUUAAGUUUGUUUUAUAUCCUGAUAGAAAUGAAGGAUGGAGAGUGCAAGCUGUUUCAGUUAAUGAGGAUAGUUUUGAGAAUAGAAAAUCUUUGAAAAAAGAAUGGAGAGGAGUUAAAGACAUUGAAUAAUUGAAAGAAAUAUCUGGAAUAGAUGAUAUUGUAUUUGUUCAUGCUAGUGGAUUUAUUGGAGGAGCUAGAUCUUAUGAGAAUGCAUUGAAAAUGGCUAAAUUAAGUUUAGAAUGAU